AUGGCUUCUGCACAGCCUAUCUCGCAGCGCGAUGCAAAGCUCAUCCAGCGUUUUAAGUCCUGCCUCCACGGGUCCAAGCAGAUCGACUCGCUGCAAGACGCCAAGCACUUCUUCGAGGCCGCCUGCAUCAAUUGCAGGCAAGAGACUCCUGCCAAAACGCUGGAGAUGAUCGUCUCUGUCAGGAACGGCCUCGAAGCCCUCAGUGCGGCUGCUCGCCGUAGCCUCUCUGCCGACUUCCUUGCCGAGUCUGUAGUCCCGUUUCUCAUGCAGCUGCAGGGCGCUGCCGUCAGGAACCUUGGCGAUGGCCACUUCAUUGAGAAGGCCCUCGAGUGUCUCCUCAUGCCGGCGUCUCUGUGGAAUGUCUUUGUUGAAGGCUAUACUGCUAAGAGCCUCAAGGACGACGCUUUGAUUAUUUUUGCCUGGCUGUGUCUCGAGGUCGUCUCCUCGAGGCUUCCCGCCCUGUCUGCCCAGCAAGAAGAGGUCAGGACCCUGAUGAAAUCAUCCCCGCUUCGUGAUUCCAAGGUGCACGAGGCCAGGGUAUAUGGGUACCGUAUCGAGAAAGUUCUCUCCAUCCAUGGUGUCAGGGCGCCAGUCGCGCCGGAGGUUUAUGGGCCGGGUGGCCGCCAUGACAAUGAUUUCCAAGAUUUUCACGACAUCUCCAUCUAUCCCACCCACGAUGAGCUGCUCUCCAAAGAGAAGCCGUAUCUGCAACGCCUUGAGGAUGCAUUUCGUUUCUCGGGAGAUGACCGCGCAGGCGCCUACUUGGAUUGGUUGUUCCGCCAACUACGAGAGGACAUGGUCGCGGACCUGAAAGAGGAAACCCAGAUCUCCAUGGGGAGGAAGAAGGGGAGAGGGCGUUCGCGUUCAUUGUUCAGAGAUUUGAGUAUCAAGAGAGAUACACAUACUGAGACGCGGCUUAGAGCCUUCACGGUGACUCUUCACUGCGGUAACGGGAUGCAGAGCAUCCUGAACAUGCCCAAGGGCAAGCGAGAAAAAUUCUUGGAGAAUCCCAAAGCUGUGUUCCGCCAUGAUUCGUUGGCGGUUCUAUUUUCCCCUUCAGCCAUGGUUGCGUUUGGUUCGAUGGUUAAACUGAACAACUCCAUGCUCAACGGAGAACCAGUGUUUGGGUUGCAACUCAAAGACAAGAUUGCCCUGCAAAAUACAGUGGCGAUGCUUCUGGGGCCGCAGAGAGACCAGCUGGCCCUGGCAAUCGUCGAGUCCGCGACAUUUGCAUACGAGCCAAUCCUGCGGCGUCUGCAGUCAAUGAAUGAGCUACCCCUUGAGGAGCCUUUGCUUGUACGAGGAUUCCACCAGACGCCUCUUGAACACUCUGCCAAGUUUGAUGAGCUGCUCAAACUUCUGAAAGAGCGUUAUGAUGAAUCGGGCGAAAUCAUUUUCGGCCCCAAGCUCAUGGUUGGGAAAAAGCCUCUGCGCCUCCAAGGCGCACAGCUCAAAUCAUUCAUCAACGGCCUCUCGAACCCCGUAGCCCAGAUACAGGGACCUCCAGGGACCGGGAAGAGUUUCAUCGGAGCUCUUAUAGGGCUGUUUCUGACUCGCUUCACCUCACAGAAUAUUCUUGUGCUCAGCUAUACCAACCACGCCUUGGACCAGUUCAUAACUGAUUUGGUUGAUAUUGGCGUGAGCAAGAAAGACAUAGUCCGUUUAGGUUCCAAAGCAGCACCAGAAAUGGAAGCCAUGAAACUGGAAAGUCGGACGAAAGACCCGAAAUAUUGGCGCUCGAAUGGUGUUAGAGACCAAAUUAGGAGUCUAAAGUCCGAGGAAGACGCGGUCAAGCUAUGUAUUACAGAACUGGUGCAGAAUCUAGAGAGAUUCCGUCCACCCACAACGAAGAUUUUGGAGUGGCUUGAAUUCUCGGAGAAUUAUGGAUCAUACUUUACUGCAUUUUCACCCCUCUCUACCGAAGAUGGGUUCACGCUCCAGCGUCAUAAGGAUUAUGAUACGGCGGAGCGGAUCUAUGAUAAUUGGAGACGAGGAAAGGGCCCCUCACCUCAAUAUCUUUCACAAUUAUCCGAGUAUUCUCAGACAAUACUCAAAAUGGAACAUAAAAAGCGCCAGGAGAUUGACAGGAUAUGGUGUCAAGAGGUGCGGCAGGAGGAUACGGAGGAUCUCUGCAGUAGGCACGAAGAGCUCCAUCAAAUACAGAACCAGUUGAACAAACUUUAUGAUGAGAGCAAGAGAAACGUCCUACAGUCGACUAGAAUCAUUUGCUGCACCACAACUGGAGCGUCCAUGUAUCAGUCUAACAUCAAGACAGCGCAACCGGAUGUUGUUCUUGUCGAGGAGGCCGGGGAGAUCCUCGAAGCUCACGUCAUUGCCGCAUGCAGCUCGUCCGUGAAGCAAUUAGUCCUCAUUGGAGACCACAAACAGCUUCGACCUAAGGUCAAUAGCUACGAGCUUUCUGUCGAAAAAGGCGAAGGUUUCGACCUCAACAAGUCAUUGUUCGAGCGGCGCAUUGAACAUGGACAUGAAUUUACCGUCCUGGAGGAGCAGCACCGCAGCCACCCAGACAUUUCACACUUUGCUCGCCUUCUUUCCUAUCCGACCUUGGUUGACGCUCCCAAGGUGGCUGAUAGGCCGGGAGUACGGGGAUUGCAACAUCGAGUGGUAUUUGUUCACCAUGAGCACCCCGAACAAGAACUGGCCGACUCCACCGAACUUCGAGACCCUUCAGCGGGGAACAGCAAGAGAAAUCCAUUCGAGGUCGAAAUGGUGCUUAGAACAAUCAAAUACCUCAGUCAGCAGGGUUACAAGACCGAGAACAUGGUUGUCCUGACGCCGUACCUGGGUCAGCUGUCGCUGAUGAGAUCGGAGCUUAGCUCAAGGACUCAAAUCGACCCCCUUCUCAACGAUCUGGAUUCUUACGAACUCAUCCGCGCUGGGCUGAUGACCAACGUCUCUGCCAAAGUACAAAAGGCAAGAGUAAGGCUCUCUACUAUUGAUAAUUACCAAGGCGAAGAAAGUGAUAUCGUCAUUGCCUCAUUGACUCGCAGCAAUGCCUCCGGAGAUAUCGGGUUUCUUUGCGCCCGAGAACGUCUUGUUGUUCUCAUGUCGCGAGCACGGGAGGGGAUCAUUCUCUUCGGGAAUAUGCACACCUUCAUGAAGAGCAAAAGAGGCAAAGAGCUCUGGACCCAAUACUUUGACAUCCUCCGAGAGAAAAAGUGGUUGGUUGAAGGGCUACCCAUACGCUGCGAGCAGCAUCCCGACAGAGUGCAGGAAGUCAAAACACCAGAGGAUUUUGAUCGAUAUUGCCCGGAUGGUGGGUGUGGGCAGAAGUGCGGGGCGAUGCUUUCUUGCGGGAAACAUGUUUGCCAAAGAUGUUGCCAUUUUCUCACCGACCACUCGCAGACGCCCUGCUCUCGCGUGAUUGAGGAACUAUGCGAAAGAGGACACAAAACGAAAGUCCCGUGCGGAACUACCGCCCGGAAGAGUAGGUGCGACUUGUGUGUCAAACAAGACCAAGAUAUCGCACGGAGGGCGAAACGCGAUUUUGAGAUGGAGAAGAAGCGGAUGGAGAGGCAACAGGAAUAUGCGACCCGGACACUAAAGCUUGAUGACGAAAUUGACGAACAGCGUCGUGCAAUACGUUAUGAUGCUGAAGAAAAACAAGAAGCUGUAGAUCUGAAAAAGAAAGAGGCGACCCUCGAUGAGCUUAAGGCUAGAAGAAAGAGAGCACAGGAACUUGCCAACCGAAAAGACCAAGAAGAACGGACUCGUAAAACAGCACCACCGAAGGGCGACGAAAAGAGCCUUGGGAAGCACCGAGCUAAUGAAACAAGUUCCCCUGCUGAGCAGGAGUGGAAUGAUAUGAAAGACCAAGGGGAGGCAAACCAAGCUUUGGACGAACUUAUGGAACUCAUUGGACUCGAGUCUGUCAAGGAUGAGUUUCUGUCAACGAAGACAUCUCUUGAGCUCAAAAUUCGACAAGGGGUACCGCUAAACAAGGAAAGAUUGAGCUGCUCUCUACUUGGGAACCCGGGAACUGGUAAAACAACUGUAGCUCGCCUCUGGGGCAAGUUCCUAACUUCAAUUGGGGCGGUUGUGGGAGAUGCCUUUGAGGAGACCACCGGAUCCAAGCUGGCCAGUGCUGGAGUGCCAGGAUGUGAGAAGUUGAUCGAAGGCAUCAAGGACAGAGAUGGCGGUGUACUAUUCAUUGAUGAGGCGUAUCAGCUUUCCUCCGGGAACAGUCCAGGUGGCAAGGCAGUCCUUGAUUAUCUGCUCGCCGAAGUCGAAAACCUACGAGGCCAGGUCAUCUUCAUCUUGGCGGGUUAUGACAAGGAGAUGGAAUCUUUCUUUGCUCACAACCCGGGGCUACCAAGCCGAUUCGCCAUCACGAUGAAGUUCGAAGACUACGAUGAUGAUGAGCUUCUCCGAAUCCUCAAGUUGAAAUUGCACGAAAAGUUCAAGGGAACAAUGAUCUUGCAGGACGGCACUGACGGAUUGUAUGCUCGGAUUAUCGCCAGACGCGUUGGCAGAGGCCGUGGGAAACCAGGGUUUGGAAAUGCUCGGGCAGUUGAGAAUACCCUCGACAAAAUCUUAAAAAGGCAGGCGUCCCGCAUCAGAAAGGAAAAGCGGUCGAAAAAUAAGAGUGACGAGCUAUUCCUCUCCAAAACGGACUUGAUCGGCCCAGAGCCUUCGAAUGCUCUGGAAAGCUGCAUCGCAUGGACGAGACUGAAUCAGUUGAUCGGGCUGAACAAAGUAAAGAACGAGCUCCAAGUUUUCAAAGACACCGUGAUCACCAAUUAUCAUCGUGAGCUUGCGGAAGAGCCACUGGUUGAAUUUUCGCUGAACAAAGUGUUCGUAGGAAGCCCAGGAACUGGAAAGACAACUGUCGCAAAGCUUUUUGGCCAGGUCCUGUCUCAUAUUGGUCUUCUUUCCAACGGAGAGGUGGUGGUGAAGAGCCCCGCAGACUUUAUUGGUUCCGCUCUUGGGGAAUCAGAAGCUAAAACCAAGGGUAUCCUGGCCGCUACAGUCGGAAAGGUGCUGGUAAUAGAUGAGGCAUAUGGUCUCUACGGAGGGGAAGACACUUCUGACCCUUACAAGACGGGCGUCAUUGACACUAUAGUAGCGGAGGUCCAAAGUGUACCUGGAGAGGAUCGUUGCGUGCUUCUGCUUGGCUACGACGAACAGAUGCAGAAGAUGUUCCAGAAUGUGAACCCGGGUCUGAGCCGAAGAUUUCCCCUGGCUUCUUCCUUUGUGUUUGAAGAUUUCAAUGAUGAUGAGUUAUCUCAAAUCUUCGACCUGAAGGUCAGGCAAUGCGGAUUCAAAACUACAGGAAGAGGUAAAACUGCAGCGUUGGAGGUUCUCGCUCGAGCGAGAAACAGACCACAUUUUGGAAACGCAGGCGAGGUAGAUAUACUUCUGAACAAAGCAAAGGCGAGCCAUCAGAAGAGACGAUCUGCUGGAGGCACGAAAUCGGAUAUUCUUGACGCCGUGGACUUCGACGAGGACUUCGACAGAAAUACUCGCACAGAUACGAAUGUAAGAACUCUGUUUGAAGGUGAUGUUGGUCGAGAGAAAUUGGUUACCUUACUCGAGGGGUAUCAGGCGCGAGUACGAGAGCUCAAAAGUUUGGGUAUGGAUCCCAAAGAAGAAAUUCCAUUUUCGUUCCUUUUCCGGGGACCUCCUGGCACUGGAAAGACUACAGUGGCUCGGAAGAUGGGCAAAGUUUAUUACGACAUGGGGUUUCUUGCGAGUGCUGAGGUCAUCGACUGCUCGGCAACAGACCUCAUUGGACAAUAUAUUGGCCAGACUGGCCCAAAGGUUCAGGCGCUUCUGGACAAGGCCCUAGGCAAAGUACUGUUCAUCGAUGAAGCGUAUCGUCUGGCCGGAGGCCAUUUUGCGCAGGAGGCCGUUGAUGAGCUGGUUGAUAGCGUCACCAAGCCAAGAUAUUUUGGCAAGCUGAUCAUAAUUCUGGCGGGCUAUGUGGAGGAUAUCAACAAUCUUCUGUCGGUCAACCAGGGAAUGUCGAGUCGGUUCCCAGAAACCAUAGACUUUGAACCACUUCAACCAAAGGAGUGCUUCCAACUGCUCGUAAACAUCCUCCAAAGUAAGAAGAAAGAAAUCGAGGCCAAGGCAAAGGGGAAGACUUUGGACGUUUCUUGUCUUGAAGUUCCGAGUGACGAGUUUCAAAGUGCUGUUCUUGGACUCUUCCACAGGUUGAGCCGGCAAGAGGGUUGGGCCAGCGCGCGCGACGUGAAGCAGCUGGCGAAGGCCAUAUUUCGCUCGGUCAACUUGAGCUUCAACCAACCUAUGGUUUCUGAGACUGAUGUUAGGACGGAACUGGAUAGUUUAUUAUUUGAACGAGAGGGAAGAACGCAGAAGCGAAAAUCCAACUCUGUCCCGCAGACCUUGCAGCAAAUUUCCCUCCAAAAUAUGGGCGAUUUGCUGGAUCAACAGCCCAAAACUAGAUUGGCGAUGCAAAACAAGACACAGCAAUACACUGACGAAACUUUGGAGAACACUUCUGAGGAGGCUAGUGAUACCGAGGGUGGUAAUUGCGCGUCAUCGAAGUGUCUUAGAGAUGUUGGCGUUAGUGAUGAGGUAUGGGAACAACUUGAAAAGGAUAAAGCAGCCGAGGCCGAGGCAGAGGCAAAGUUUCAGAAGCUCAAGAAAGAACAGAAGACCUGCAGCGAUGAAAGACGAGAAGAAAUAAUCCGGCAAGUCAUUCAAGAGGAAGAAAAGAGAAGAAAAAUUGCAGCGGAAAAGGCCAGAAUUGAGCGAAUGGGGUGUUGUCCAGUCGGAUUCGCGUGGAUCAAGCAGGAGAAUGGCUAUCGGUGUGCUGGAGGGUCUCAUUUCAUUUCUCAGGAUUGUCUCGAUUCUAGUUGA